AAAACGAUAAGUGUUUUAGAUCUAUUGUGCUGUUAUUCAUUAUUGCUGAUUUGUCGUGUAUAUUUUCAGUUUAUUGUAAAAGCUCUUCUUUUCAUGGUCCAAGGUCAACUGCGAUUCAUUAAUUACGGUCGCACGCUUUAUCAGCACAUAAGCUCAGCUUAGUCCCCCAGCAAAGAACUAAACAUUAUCACCUUACCAAGAGUACGGUACGUUCUGCUAUCAAGCAGGCGAUCGGCGAGAAAUUGUCCAGAUCAAAACAAAGAACAAAUCUCUUUUACUCUUGCUGAAGGCGGGAGAACUCACACAGUAGAUUACGCUGGCGCCCUGCUAAUUAAUUUACACAAUCGAGCCUCUGUUGGCACUCGAUCAAAUUUCGCAUUGUUCGACGAUUCGGCACUUUGUUUUGCCUGCCUUUCAAUAAGCGAAGCGGUCGGCAAGGCACUCGGCUAACAGACCUUUAACAUGGCUCUGGUAUAUGCCUGCUAAAUAUCUGAUAGCUCCUCAGUUCGCUUCAAAACGUCGCUGGUCGUGGGUGCGCUGCUCCGUCGGAACUGCAACUGGGAAAACUCCAUCGAAUAACCUGCUAAUGAUAGCAUAUCGGACCGCGAAUUAAGAAUGCCAAUGUUAAUUAAUUCGUCAGCUAGCGUGUGAUUUCGCCGGUACCUGGAAACCCGAACAAUCGUAACCGGUUCGCUGCCCGAUCGCGCACUCACACCCACCUUCCAGGGAAUUCCCCAUAGCGAGUGUGUUUCGAAAAAUAUUGAGAAAGAGACGCGUUUUAUACUUAUUAUGGAUAUGAGGAUCUGUUGAUUUCUUGAGAAACUUUUAUGUGGUUACCCGCCUUGAGCCACAGUCUCUUCCCAGUUCCAAUUUGCAUAAGUAAACCGGCUAAAAAAAAAACACACACAACUCGUAACGCAGGUCGAACCUAAAACCGAAACCAUGUUUCGUUAAAGCCUUUUCGCAAGGCGACAAAAAACCCGUAAACCCCAAACGACUCUCACAGAGGUCCGACUGUUUUUGUUUACCCAUCAAUACCCGGCCAGUGUUUUCAGGUACUGAUACUGACGUUCGUAAAGUUCCCCACUGAUCUAAAACUGGAAAGAGCGCGAACUGGCACAACAACAACAGGAAGAACUCUGUAGCUCAGCAAACCACUUUAAGUUGCCCACACCAUUCAUCACCUGAACUGGAACCGCCAUUAUGCCGAAGAAAAUCCAGCAGCCAGGCGGAUCCCUCUAUUGCGGAGUUACAUUGCUGGGCAUCUUGUGCUUAGUCGUGUUCCGUCUGAUUCCGGGGAUUCCCUUCGGCACCUACGUGAUGGCCGAGAAAGACCACUACCACACCAUAGACGAUCCAAAUGUGCCCUGUAACUUCUACGAUACGGUCAAUCUGACGGGUCAUAAGGUCUUUUCGAACGGAAGCUAUGAUUACUACGGCACAAUAGUUCCUGCCGAAUUGGUCGGAACAUACGACUACAUACACAGUUCGCUAACGGAGCGUAUAGAGGUUCGGGAGCACGUGAGGGGAUGCGUCUGCAAGUUCAAGUCCUGCCUGAAUAUCUGCUGCCCGUGGCGACAGGUCUUUAACUCUGAAGUAGACGGAUGCAUAAUUGACCACUCGGACAACCGAACGUGGCCAGAUCCGCCCAUGCUCAAUAUAACCUUCCGCAACGAUUCCACGAUAUUGGUCAACAUGUUUGCGCAGUUUGCAAUCCAAAGCUUUCGACCCUGCCCCAAGAUGUUUUCCCUGCAGCCAGAGACCAGCAAUUGGGAUGAUUACCUACUUUUUGAGAACGGAUCCAUGCUCCGUGUGGACGACCAACAGCUAAUCAGGAAGAACGAGUUCUGCAUGGUUCCGACAUACGUCAACGAAUCGGACAUGUUCUACACCAUUCAUCCGGCCAACUGUGACAUGCAGGACGAUAAUAGCACGGUGAAGAUUAUCAAUGCCUAUGCCAUGAUGUUCUCCAUUCCCUUCAUGAUGCUGACCAUAGCCGUUUACCUACUGAUUCCCGAGCUUCGCAACCAGCACGGCAAGAGCUUGGUCUGCUAUUUAGUGGGUCUCACCGUGGGGUACACCUCGCUGUGCUACGUGCAACUCUAUCAGGUUGAUGCCACAGGUGACGCAUGCAAAGUGUUUGGAUACACAGCCUAUUUCUUCUUCAUGGGAGCCUACAUGUGGCUAAGUGUCAUCAGCUUCGACUUGUGGCACAAUUUCCGAGGGACGAGAGGCAUUAACCGAUUCCAGGAGAAGAAACGCUUUCUUUUCUAUUCGCUGUACUCCUGGGGUAUUGCGGUAGUUUUCCUGGCCUUCACCUAUAGCGCCCAGGAAUUAACCAACUUGCCAGCAAACCUUAAGCCAGGUAUUGGGGAUGGCGUAUACUGCUGGCUGGAUAUGAGCAACUGGGCAGCCAUGAUCUACUUCUACGGUCCCAUCCUGGUGAUCGUUGUCGCCAACACCAUCAUGUUCAUCAUGACGGCGAUCAAGAUUCACGGCGUGCAGCGCGAGAUGGCCCGGAUAAUUGCGAGUGAGAACAGCACCAAGAACCUACGGACCGAGAAGGACAAGUUCGGCUUGUUCCUGCGCCUCUUCCUCAUUAUGGGCAUCACCUGGCUCACGGAACUCAUCUCCUACUUCGUGGGCAACGACAAGGGGUGGUCUAAGCUCUUCUAUAUCUCGGAUCUGGCCAAUGCGAUGCAGGGUUUUCUCAUCUUUAUGUUGUUUGUGAUGAAGAAGAAGGUCAAGCACUUGAUAACUAACAGAUGCUCGAGUGUUCGCGAUGGCAGCAACCAACGUCAGAGCCAGUACUCCACCAAGACCACGUCGAGCAGUGUGGCCAAUCUGUCGCUGCACGACAAGCCAUCGGUGGAGAAACCGCUAGUAAUCAGCUCGAGCGUGGAUCCGCAGAAAACCACCAUCUUCCGCUGAACACAGCACACCCAGUUGCCAUAGGCCGAGCAUUGAAUACACUGGAAAGUAAGCAGAUCAGGAAGGACUAAUCGCACCAAUAUUCAUCUUGAUCGUCCUCGGAUUAUUGCGAACACUUCGUUCCUUUCUGUAGAUAAAGAUCACUUAUUCAUUUUUUAGGACCACCUAUUCCUAUCAUGAGAUUAUUCUGUAAUCACCAUUUAAAGUCGAUAUCUACUUUAUGAAAGACACUACUAUAAGAGAAAGUCCCCAUCCCCCAGAACUACCACGAAAGCCCUUACCCACCCCAUUCUCUUUCUUUUUUAAAUGCCAUGUGACCACGAACAACCUGAUUAGUUGUAUAAGAAAGUUAUGCAGAGCCAUGUUUAGUAUUUAUGCAAUCAAAAUUAUAAGAUUCUCCAUACACCUGCAGAGAAAUCAAAUUUGUAAUUCACCAUUAGCCUAAGUACAAGGUAAACACCCAGCAUAUAUACAUACAUACGUAACAUAUAGAUGUGCCUUGCUAAAAAUGAGAUAUGUAAUAAUUGAUAACUGUAUACCUCUCUUUGCACAUGCGUACCAUUCUCCAUAUCUGCAUUACCUUUACUAAU